AUGGUUUCACAAUUAUUUGAUGUUAGUAAUAAAGUCAUUUUAGUUACCGGUGGUGGUAGUGGAAUAGGUUAUGGAAUCAGUUUAGGAUAUGUUAAAAAUGGAUGCAAAGUUUAUAUAUGUUCACGUGACUUUGAGAAAUGUAAAAAGACUGCUGAAGAAUUAAGUAAAAUCGGACCAGGUAAAUGCAUUGCAAUUAAAGCAGAUCUCUCAAAAAAUGCAGAGAUUAAAGUUUUAUUUAAAGAGUUUUCUAAAUACGAAGAUCAUUUAGAUUGUUUAGUCAAUAAUAGUGGUUGCAAUUGGGGUGAAGAUUUAGAAAAUUAUCCAGAACAUGCUUGGGAUAAAGUUAUGAAUUUAAAUGUUAAAGCUGUAUUUUACACAAGUUUAGAGGCUCUUCCAUUUUUAAAAAAGAAUGCUUCACCAGAUUCACCAUCCAGAAUUAUCAAUAUAGGUUCAGUUGACGGUAUCCGUGUACCAAAUUUGGAAACUUAUGCAUAUUCAACUUCAAAAGCUGCUUUACAUCAACUCACUAAAGUUUUAGCAAACAAAUUGGCUGGUGAAGACUAUAAUAUAUUGGUUAAUGUAAUUGCCUGUGGUCCAUUCAUGAGUAAAAUGACCCAAAAAACUUUUACCGAUUUCAAGGACAUUAUUAUUGGAAGUAUUGCAACAGGUAGAUUUGGUAAUAAUGACGAUCUUGAAGGUCUAUGUGUUUUCCUUACAUCAAAAGCUUCAAAUUAUAUAACUGGUUCUGUUAUUCCAUUAGAGGGUGGAUUAUUAAUUAAACCAAAUCUUUAA